CCUAUGCCCAGGGCCGGGGCAAGAGGGAGGAGGCGAGGGCCGGCGGCGGGGCCUGUGCCAUCGAUCCCGCCGCCUCCCGGUCCGCCCGCACUGCUCUGUGCAUCCGCCUCUUCCUUUCUCCGCGCCGCCUCCAGCGGGGGAGCCGGCGGGGCCCGUACGUGCCGGGCCGGCAGCGAGGGGAGUGUCUGCGGCUCAGCGUCUCUGCAGCAGCGCCGGCCCCGCCGCGCCGACCAGGACCGGGUGCGGACUCCCCCGCCGUCCGUCCGCGCUGCUGCUGCGCGGCCAUCGCCGCUGCCGGCGGGAGGGGCCAGGAUACAAGAGAGGAUUCAGAAGGAUAUUGACGUUGUGAUCCAAAAGUGCAAGGCGGAGAAGGACUGCCUGUUUGCAGAUUUCAGGUACUCAGACUCCACCUUUACCUUCACCUAUAUUGGAGGCUCCAAAAGUGUAUCCUAUUCAGUGCAUGUCUCUGAGGAUUACCCAGAUAACACUUAUGUUUCCAGUUCUGAUAACGACGAAGAUGUGUUAGUUACAACAGAGCCAAUUCCAGUAAUUUUCCACCAAAUCGCUACAGAAUUAAGAAAAACGAGCGAUGUCAACUAUUGCUUAUCCAUAAAAUCAAAAUUGCAGAGGGAGAUUGGAGAGGAGUCACGGCACAACAGCACAGUUGAAGAAGACUCUGAAGGAGAUAAUGAUUCUGAGGAGUUUUAUUACGGUGGACAGGUUAGCUAUGAUGGAGAACUUCACAAGCACCCUCAGCUGGAGGCUGAUUUGACAGCAGUGAGAGAGAUCUAUGGACCUAAUGCAGUAUCUCUCAGGGAAUAUGGAGCCAUUGAUGAUGUAGAUAUUGAUCUGCAUAUUGAUGUUAGCUUUCUUGAUGAAGAGAUUGCUGUGGCUUGGGAUGUAAUUCGCACAGAGCCUAUAAUAGUGCGAUUGCACUGUUCACUUACACAGUACUUAAAUGGACCAGUGCCAACUGUGGAUGUAUUUCAGAUCUCUACCAAGGAAAGAUUUGGGCUCGGACAUCAGCUGAAAAAAAUCAUGCAGACAUUUGUUACACAACAGUGGAAGAACAGCAAAGAGAAAUCUAAUUGUACGCACAAUAAGAAGGUGUCUGACAAAAAGGUGAAAUCCCCUCUGCACAUCUUUUCUACAUUGCGCAGGUCGCCAAGUUAUCCUCCACCUGGCUGUGGUAAAAAUAAGUCAAAACUGAAGUCAGAACAGGAUGGCAUCUCCAAAACUCACAAGCUACUUAGAAGGACUUGUUCUAGCACAGUGAAAGCGGAGGAUGUAUGUACCACAAAAUCUCACAGAACCUUUGGCCGCUCAUUGUCAAGCGACCCGAGGGCUGAACAGACAAUGGCCGUUAAAUCGCACAAACUGUUGAACCGAUCUUACUCUGCGGCUGUCAAGCAGGAGGAGUGCAUCGCUUUAAAGCCCCAUAAGCUGUUAAGUAGGUCGUGUUCUGGGGAUCCUCGAUGUGAGCACAACAGCACCUUGAAGCCCCACAAACUUUUAAGCAGGUCCUACUCCAGUAAUCUUAGAGUGGAAGAAUUGGAUGGAUUGAAGAAUCACAAGUUACUCAGCAAGGCCUACUCCAAUGCCCCUAAAUCAUCCAAAAUGGAGCCUUUCAAGGAGUCCACCAUAGCAGAGAGCAGGAGGCUCUCUCUUACCUCAGGGCUUAUUGGUAUCUUAACACCAUCUUCAUCAUCACCUUCACAAGCUGCUCAAAAUUGUGGUACAAAAUGCAUUCCAGUACGAGACCGUGGCUUUCUUGUUCAGACUAUUGAAUUUGCUGAGCAGCGGAUACCAGUAUUGAAUGAAUACUGUGUAGUUUGUGAUGAACCCCAUGUGUUCCAGAAUGGCCCUAUGCUGAGGCCCACUGUUUGUGAACGGGAGCUCUGUGUAUUUGCUUUCCAAACAUUAGGAGUGAUGAACGAAGCUGCUGAUGAAAUUGCAACUGGGGCUCAGGUGGUUGAUCUGUUAGUAUCCAUGUGUCGUUCUGCGUUAGAGUCACCUAGAAAAGUUGUCAUUUUUGAGCCAUAUCCUUCUGUAGUUGAUCCUAAUGAUCCUCAGAUGCUGGCCUUUAACCCCAGGAAGAAGAAUUAUGACCGAGUCAUGAAAGCAUUGGACAGUAUCACUUCAAUUAGAGAGAUGACACAGGCACCUUACUUGGAAAUAAAGAAGCAGAUGGAUAAACAAGACCCGCUUGCACAUCCUCUUCUACAAUGGGUUAUUUCUAGUAAUAGAUCACAUAUUGUGAAGCUACCAGUGAAUAGGCAACUAAAGUUUAUGCACACUCCCCACCAGUUCCUACUUCUCAGCAGUCCACCAGCCAAAGAAUCCAAUUUCCGAGCUGCUAAAAAUCUCUAUGGAAGUACCUUUGCAUUUCAUGGUUCACACAUUGAAAACUGGCAUUCCAUCCUGAGGAACGGCUUAGUUGUUGCUUCCAAUACGAGGCUGCAGCUCCAUGGUGCAAUGUUUGGAAGUGGAAUCUACCUUAGUCCAUUGUCAAGCAUAUCAUUUGGUUACUCAGGGAUGAACAAGAAGCAGCAGAAGGUGUCAGCUAAAGAUGAACCAGCUUCAAGCAGUAAGGCCAGUAAUACAUCACAGUCACAGAAGAAGGGACAGCAGUCACAAUUUUUGCAAAGCCGUAACUUAAAAUGCAUAGCCUUAUGUGAAGUAAUAACUUCAUCCGAUCUGCACAAACAUGGAGAGAUAUGGGUAGUUCCCAAUACGGAUCAUGUGUGUACAAGAUUUUUCUUUGUUUAUGAAGAUGGUCAAGUGGGUGAUACAAGUAUAAAUACACAGGAACCAAGCAUUCAUAAAGAGAUUCUUCGAGUCAUUGGCAAUCAAACUGCUACUGGUUAAAAGGACCACUCUUAUUUAAUUGAUGUGAUUUGGAAGCCUUCCUCAGUCUCAAAGCUGGAUUUUGAACUGAAGAAGAUGCAAAAAACUAAUUUGUUAUUAUUAAAAGCAAAUUAACCCUUUGAAUACUUACUGUUUUCUUACUUAGUAUUUCUUAUCUCAUCAAAAUACCUGAGAUGGUAUGAAUUAGCAACUGUAGGGGUGCAAAGUCUAUUAAUAUACUACAAAUAAUUAAUAAUAAUAAUUAAGCAGGCAUUUGGGUUGCUCACAAUAAACAGACUUUAAAAAGGAGUUUUGUGCUGAUAUUUUUAUAUUAAACUUCAAUUGGAUGUUUUAGUACUCUAUACUGGUAUUUUAAAUUUAGAAUGACUGAAUUACAAGUGAGAGAGAAGAUUUUAUAGCGGAGCACCUGUAUUAUGCAGGAUACUUUGCAAUAAGUAAAAUACUCUCAUAUUUAAACAUAAUAAAAGGUUGUCUGGAACAUGUCAAAUUAAAGAGAUUGGUUACCUGCA